UUUCCGGGUGGUGGGAGACCACGAGAAGCCCCUCAUGCUGCAGUCACUGUGGAAGCCAAAGGAAGGAUUCUCCAGACGCUUUGAAAUCCAGCUGAGAGCGAGCGUAGAGGAGCAGAGCUUAAAGGACAGAGACACCGUUACAGCAGGGAUCAACGCUCAGGCCCGUAAGCUGCAGAGGGGCCGCAGCAGGGUGACGUCUCUGUUCGUGGACGGCAGUGAGAAUGACGUGGACGGACUCGGCAUCUGGAGGAGUCUGAGCGAGAUGGACCUGCCCGCCAUGGGGAAAGAGGCGGAGCGGGCGCGGCAGAGCUCCGCCCUCAGAGAGGACGGUGAGGCCGAAGCCGACAAGGAGGAGCUGAGACUCGGCCUGGAGAAGGAGGAAACGGAGAGCAGCGACGAUAACACCACCCAGUACUCCAUCCACCCGCCGUUCGACUUCCCUACUUCCUCCUGCUGCAAGGCUACAGCCACAGACAG